UUAGUUAUUGAGGACGCCAUCUGAUUGAGGGGCGUAAGGGAGGCGGCGGCGGAAGGCAUGGGAGCGCUGGGAGAGCUCGAGGCGCUGCAGACGUGCCUGCUCCAACGCAUAACGGCAGUGGAGCUCUCCCUGCAGACCCAUUCCCUUCAUAUCUCCUUCGAUUGCGUUGCCGACGGCGAGGGCGCCGAGACCACGGAGGCGCGCCUCUCGGCCAUACUGAGGGCCCGCGGCGUCGACGACUUCGCCUUCAAGCGCGUGCCCGCAGAUUAUUACGACAGGCCCAUCGAGGUCCGGAGGGACAUCCUCGGCGCCCCCUCGGUAGAGCACCUCUGCAAGAGCAUCGUUUUGGUGAAUACCCAAGCUUUGGCUAGCAUUACUGAUUGCAGCGAUCGUAAUAAUUCAAAAUAUUAUCUUGUUGUAAUCCAGUAUGCCGCUCGACUUAAUGCUGAAAAUAUAAAGAAUUUUCUUUACACUCUCAACAACAGCAAGAUUUCUAAGAAGAAAUUCAACAUGAGGCUUGCACCGGAGGAAGAAUCACUGAAACUUACUGGUUUUGUGCAUAAUGCAGUGACAUGCAUUGGCAUGGAAACAGACAUUCCGGUAAUACUUGAUGAAGCCAUCACAAAGUUGAAACCGAAUUUCUUCUGGUUGGGUGGUGGAGAAGUUGAUCUCAAGCUCCGAAUCAGGACCUCUCAGUUUAUUAGUGCUGUCAACCCCUUUGUGGUCAAUUGUAGUUCUUGAUUCUCUCUGCCCAAAGUUAAAUCCCAAACAUCCAGCUCGUGAUGACAGGCAAUUUCGACAAUGGAAAUACCCGUCGAAUUUCCUGUUGGAUUUGGAUAAAGAAUGUUCGUCUUUUGGAGCAUGCACUCUUUUAACCAUUCUUCCAUAAACGAUGAAUCGGUUUGUGGUAGCAGCUAACUAUUACAGCAUGUUUUUGUCACUACAAUUUUAUUAAAGGGAACAACUUAUGGAAGCUU